GUCAGGAUGCAAGAUGCUGCUACCGAUCUGCUUUAGUUCAUUGCUACUGCACCUUAGUGAUAAUAAAGGAACCAAACGCAGCAAGCUCUAGGACUUGGAUCUAUUAUACAGUUGCCGAUGCUCUGCUUCCCUGGCUGCCUCAGCUGUUUGUAGUUCCCUCAGCGAGGCGCACUGAAAGAUUUCUAGGUGGGCUUGAUAAUUAUGCCAUAAGCAGCUGACGCUAAUUGAACAUCUCUAGCAUCUCUCAAUGGAACUGCCUGGACAAACGGAGUGCCUGUAAUGUGAGAGCCGUAGAGGAUACUGCUGUUACAGCUUGUGAUGCGCAUCUACUGGCCACAUUACGUUACAUUGGAUCUUGAUGUGAGGAAAUGCAACUGAACUCCUCUUGGUGAGAGAGGAAUCUCUACCUCUGCUUCUGUGUGGUGGAGCCGCUCACCAUAGUCUGACUGCUCUGAACGCUCUGUGAUCGCAGGAUUUGGUGGUGCUGACCCUGUCGUGUCUGAUACCAUCUGCUACUUCUGCGUUUCCAUACCGCACCAACCCUCUCUGUCUGUCAAAGUAACGCUACCCACCUACCUACCUGCACCGAUGUCGUGGAUGGAUGGAGCAUUGCGCAGGAGUGAGGGUUCUAUAAAGCAGUGGCACCAUCAGUGUACACAGAGCAGUAAAACCGCAUGGUGAGAGAGUGAUCAGAGAGGUGCAAGAGAGAGAGACAGAGAGAGAAAGAACCAGAGAGAGAGAGAAACACAGAGAGAGAAGCAGAUAGAAGUACUAGACAGAGAGAGAGAGAGAGAGUGUGUGAGAGAGAGAGAAAGAAACAGAGAGAAAGAGAGAGAGGUACUCUAGAGAGAGAUUAAAUCAUCUGACAGUCAGACAGUGAGUGACAGUGUGUAGUGGAGAGUGGUUCCUUCCUGCCUGCCUGACAGAGCUACAGUGUGUGAAGCCGCAGUCUCUCUCUCUGCUCUGAUAAACUAAUAGGUUAUUGAGACAAGUAAUGCAGGUGCUGUAGAGAGGAGAGAAGAGACAAGACUCCUGUGACUACAGCACAGGGAGGAUGCUCUGAGGACCAGACUGAGGAGUGCUCUUAGGAUUCAGGGAUUCACACUGCAGAGUGCAGACAGAGGUCUGCUGUACGUACCUGAGAUACAGCAGUUAACCGCUGCACCUUAUAACACAUUCAGCAUGGAUGAACUGUGUACAUACACAGAUAGUAUGGACAAAAACUCUCUAAAGUACCCAAAGACUGAGCAGACAGAGAAAAUGUGGAUGCGACUCAAGGGAAUGCAGAAGUACAAAAACACAUCUCAAAGAUUGAGAUGCCUGGUGAAGCAGCUGGACAAGGGAGAAGUGAACGUGGUGGACCUGAGGAAGAAUAUAGAGUAUGCAGCCUCUGUUCUAGAGGCAGUCUAUAUCGAUGAAACCAGGUGAGUGCAUUUCAAAGAAAUCCCAUUCCAUGCAUGGCUACAGCAAGUAUAUUGCACUUUCUGCAAGGCUGAAGGUACAGGAAAGAACGGCACUAAUACAAACUCACAGACAAUACAAGUCAUAUAUAUA